AUGUGUACAAAAGAAACGGCGGAUGGAUGUGAGGAUAGUAGUAAGGCGGAGCCUACGCUCGAUAUUGAAAAUGAUGAAGGAGUUUCUCAAAUUUAUAGUACAAACAUUCAAAAGUCACGCCACAAAUAUAAACCAUGUUCCACAGAGCCGCAGGACCCGCAAUGUGAGUGUCACCAAAAGGUGUGGAAAAAAGACUUGGAAAUAUUCCAAAAACAGGGCAUCACAAAACAACAAAUAAACGAUGCCAGGAAAUUUGGAACCCCGUAUAAAGUUUUUAAUAAGAAAUUAUAUAGAACAGCGGAUUGCUUCUUUCCCGCACGCUGUGAAGGCAUAGAGCAUUUUCUGCUGAAACUAGUACCUAACUUGCCAAAUAUGGAUUUGGUCAUUAAUACAAGAGAUUAUCCCCAAGUUAGUGGCAGAUUUACGCGAGAAGUGCUGCCGGUAUUUUCAUUUUCAAAAACAAGCGAUUAUCUUGACAUUAUGUAUCCGGCAUGGACAUUUUGGGCUGGUGGUCCGGCGAUUAAGCUUUUCCCCACUGGCAUUGGUAGAUGGGAUGUGCAACGUGAGAAGAUUUCAAAGACCGCAGAAGAAUAUCCAUGGGAAAAGAAACUCCAAAAGGGUUUCUUUCGUGGUUCCCGCACCUCACACGAAAGAGAUUCGCUGAUAUUACUUUCACGCUCCGAACCGAAUCUUGUGGAUGCUGCCUAUACCAAAAAUCAAGCCUGGAAAUCACCCAAAGAUACCCUAGGUGCUGAACCAGCCCAAGAGGUUUCCUUCAAAUAUCAUUGUCAGUUUAAAUAUUUAUUUAAUUUUCGUGGUGUUGCCGCAUCGUUUCGUUUUAAACAUCUGUUUCUAUGCCGUUCUUUGGUUUUCCAUGUGGGAGAUGAAUGGUUGGAAUUCUUUUAUCCGGCCCUUAAGCCAUGGAAACAUUAUGUACCGUUGCCGAAAAAUCCCAGUCAAAAGGAAAUUAAAGACAUUUUACAAUUCUUUAAACGUAAUGAUAAGUUGGCUAAAGAAAUUGCCGAUGAGGGAUAUGAUUUUAUAUGGAAUCAUUUGAGAAUGAAUGAUGUUGAAUGUUAUUGGAAGGAGUUGUUAUCGAAUUAUGCUAAGCUAUUGAAAUAUGAAGUUGUUGGAGAUAGAAGUCUUAUUGAGGUGAAAGAAAAGGUAACGCCGAAUAAGAAAAGAAAGCGAUCGGACGAGUUUUAA